AUGCUUGCAAGAGCAUUUUCAGUGGCUGACCCUGAAAGAGUCAGAGGACACAAACUUUUAGAAACACCAGGAGCUGAAGAGAAGAAAACACAGAAAAAGGAUAAGGCAAGAAAGGAAAGAAAGAAAUGUGGACCGUGUCUCCAUGCCCAAGGUGAUAGAAAAGGAUGGAAGAAAUGGCCGGCUGCAAAAGCCCCGUGUUUGAGCUCCUCCUUUGUAACCCUGCAGAGCGGGGUGGUUUACCAGGACAGAAACGCCACGGCCCAGCGAAUAUCCUCAGCCAGGCUCCACAAAAUCAAAGAGCUGAAGAACGAAAUAUUUGACAUUGGAAGGAAAAUCGAGGCGUCGAGCUUGGAGAACCAGGCUUUGAAAGAGCUGAACCGCCGGCACGCCAGGGCCAUCGGCAGGUACAACAACGCCGAGAGCCACCUGCAAGGGCUGCUGGCAGGACAUCGCAAGGAGACCACAGAGCUCAGCAAACUCCUCAAGAUGUCCCAGGAGGUGGAGAAAAACAUGGCCAAGGAGCUCAAAAAAGUAGAAGCGGAGCUGAGGAGAACUAAUGGUGAUCUGAAGACUUUGGUUUUGCUGUCAGAAGACAAAGCUCUGGCGGAGAGGGAGGAACUCAGUCACAGGUUGUCAGUCCUUAACAAAACAUUGGAAGCAAAGGAUGAGAGGAUACAGCAUCUGGAAAUGCAGCUGAAGCUGAACAACAGCACCUAUAGUCGUUGGCUGGCAAGUGAGAGUAAAAAACUCCUGGAAGCUACAAUGAUCACAAAAGACUUGCUAAUGGAAAUUAACAUCGUUCACCAAAAAAUUAAGGAAAAGGAUCGGCAACUUUACAUACAGAAUAUUUAUGCAAAUCGGAUGCCAAAAGCCCUGAGGGACAGAAGUGAUUGGCUUCCUAAUGACCAAAGUCUGAGAGCAGACAGAUCAGUACAAGUAGAUAAAGAGAGUUUUAGAGAACUGCUGCUGUCUCAGCACCAGGAUACAGAGAAAAAUCCAAUGCAGCUAAAAAAGGAGAAAAGAGGAGAUAAGGGUGGAGAAGGUAAAGCAAGAGAAGUGUGCUCAGAUGGCUGGGGUAGAAAAGAAAAAGAAGAAACCAAGGAAGUACCAACACCAGAAACUUCUAACAGGACACACAGAGGGGGAAAACUACUGAUGGAAAAAGGCAGUUUUUCAGAAUUUAUUAAAGAAAUGGAAGAAGAGACAGAGUUUCUUAAACAGAAGUUGAAAAGUCUGAUGAAAUCUGAACAAAAUCCUCAAAGAGACGGAGUAAAGGAGAACAAUCAAGAGGGAGAGGCAGUGGAAGAAGUUGAAAAAGAAGAGAAGAAACCGUCUGAGCAGCAAAAGAAGAAAGCCAGGAGUGAAGAAGCAAUUCCAAGCAAAGACUUUGCUAAGCUGAAAAAUAUCUACCUCUCCUCAGAGGGUGUUGAGAGUUUGCAUCAGGGGCUCCACACCUCAGGUGCCAAAUGCAAAGCAGGCAGCCAGAGCCAGGCAGGCAGGGUGGCAGAUGUGGAGUGGAAGAAACAGCUGAGGAAGGAGGUUUUUGGGGAAGGCUGUUUGACAGGAGACAGCCCCUCGAGUUCCAGCAGCAGCAAGUGA